AUGCCGGCCGGAGACGCGGACUCCGACCCUCCGCAGCCUGGCGUCUCACUCCGGGAACGUCGCCGGCCCUCGACCGCCUCGAUCGCUUCCGCCUCCAGAGUCUUUUCCUCCGCCGCCGACUCCCUUUUGGAAAGCGCCAAGGAUGUCGAACACCGGAUCGAGGACGCCCUGCUGGUGCUGUGGGAUGAACUCCCCCACUGGCGCCGCGAUAACCACUUCAUCCACUCGGGCUACCGCCGCACCUCCAACAGCUUUCAGCAAUCCUUCUGGUCCAUCUUCUACCUGCACAAUGAGUUUGUCAACAUCUGGACUCAUCUCCUAGGCGCCAUCUCGUUCACCUUUGGCGGCUUCUUUCUCUACAAUGCCGUUGCCCCGAGAUAUGAGUCCGCCUCCGAGUCGGACGUCCUCGUCUUCACCUGUUUCUUUUUGGGCGCUUUCUGCUGCCUGGGUAUGAGCGCUACGUACCAUACCCUGUCCAACCAUAGCCCCGAGGUGGCCAAGUGGGGAAACAAGCUGGAUUACACUGGAAUCGUCUUUCUCAUUGUCGGGAGCUAUGUGCCAACCAUGUACUAUGGCUUCUUUUGCUAUCCUGCCUUGUUGACUUUUUACCUGAGCAUGAUCUGUCUCUUGGGUCUUGGGUGCAUCACCAUCUCCUGGUUUGAACACUUCCGCACUCCCGCCUGGCGUCCUUACCGUGCCAUGAUGUUCAUCGGUCUCGGCGCAUCCGGAGUCGUCCCCAUCCUGCACGCCUUGACCUUCACCUCCUUCACCCAACUAGAUGAGCUCAUGGGACUCAGAUGGGUCAUGCUUCAAGGAGCCAUGUAUAUCUUCGGCGCCCUCCUGUAUGCUGUUCGAUGGCCUGAAUGUCGGUAUCCCGGUCGUUUUGACAUUUGGGGCAGCUCCCAUCAGAUCUUCCAUGUCUUUGUCGUCCUGGCGGCAGCCACUCAUUUACAUGGUAUGGCCAAGGCUUUCGACCACCAUCAUGCCGUCUUGGGAGGCACCUGCUGAGACCCGAUACAAGUACUAUGGCAUGUUGACUGCAUACUAGAAGGUAGAGUGUGUGGAGAUAGAUAGAUAGAUAGAUAGAUAAAUAGAUGGAUGGAUGGAUGGAUGGAUGGAUAACGUGAUUGACUC